UCGCAAUCCAGAUGGGUGUGCACGGGGCUCAAUGAAUGACUAAAACAUCCUUUGCACGUGAUGGCGCGACAACAAUCUCGCCAGCGCCCCACCGUAUAUCAUGAAACCUUGCCCUGUAAUAGACGAACACCAAGUGCCAUAUUCGUUCCACUUCGACCCUCCAACCAUCAGUUCCCUUACUCGGCUCAUCAAUAUCUGAAAUCAUGUCGACAGCAAAGGUUCCCGUGAACGGUCGCUUUCCACAAGAAAACAUCCAGGGACAUGGUCCUAUCCAGAUCCACAGUAUGACGGCUACCGUCUCCAUGGCCGCCUCCGACACACCGUUCAAAAACGUCAUCCUCCAGGUCCUCAAAGUCGAAAUGUCAUGCACAGGCAACCUCGACACUCACACCAUCCUCGUCGAAGACGCUAGCCUUCUCCCCAUGUUUCUAGUGAAGGACAACGCUGUAUUCAUCGAUUUGGAUGCUCUCAACGUACCUGUACUAGUCUUCGCGUUAGAAGCUGCGGGUCCCAUGCCUGAUAACGAAGGAGAAGAAGAUACUGACGAGGACUUCGAGAUGUUACAGAAUGCUUGGAAAACUUGUCGUCUCGUGUGGAAGCGGGGAAAGGUUGUUGCUGGUCAAGCUAGCAGUGGUUAGUGAUUGCCUUUGCUUUAAAUCAAGCUUUCGUGUACCGCAUCUGAGAUCGCCCGACUUGCCUAUCGUAUACUGAUAUUCACAUAGCUAAUCGCGCCGAAGUUCCAGUAGUAAGGUCAGGAAGUGGUCUGAAUGGAAAGCGACGACGGGUAUACACACAGCAAACAGUAGAUCCUUCACGUACCCCGAAGACGCUAAAAUCUUCUAUGCAAAUUGGCGGACACGCCAUCCCGCAGCCAGAGGACGAAAAGCGUUCUAGUGACGUUGCAGUGGCUCC